AUGAAAGAAGUUGUAACAAGUGAAAUUCCUAAAAAGAUUAGUGGUCUUGAGUUCAGUGCUCUUAGUGCUGCAGAUAUCGUUGCUCAAUCUGAAGUUGCCAUUACUACCCGUGAUUUAUAUGAUUUAGAACAUGGUAGAGCUCCAAAAAAAUCCGGUGCAUUAGAUCAAAGAAUGGGUGUAUCCUCUUCAAAUUUAGAAUGUGAAACUUGUCAUGGAAAUUUAGCAUCAUGCCACGGUCAUUUUGGUCAUAUUAAAUUGGCUUUGCCAGUAUUCCAUGUUGGUUAUUUUAAAGCAACCAUUCAAAUUCUUCAGGCAAUUUGUAAAAGUUGUGCUGCAGUUUUAUUAUCUGAUGAAGAUAAAAGAAAUUUUUUAAGUGAAUUAAGAAGACCAGGUAUCGACAAUUUAAAGAGAAUGGGUAUCUUGAAGAAAAUUCUAGAUCAAUGUAAAAAACAAAGAAGAUGUUUGCAUUGCGGUGGCUUAAAUGGUGUUGUUAAGAAAGCUGCAGCAGGUGGUGGUUCUGCAUCUUUGAAGAUUAUACAUGAUACGUUCCGUUGGGUUGGUAAGAAACAAACUCCAGAAAAAGAUAGUUGGGUUGGUGAUUGGCAAGAAGUUUUGAGUCAUAACCCUGAAUUGGAAAGAUUUGUCAAGAGAGCUAUGGAUGAUUUAAAUCCAUUAAAAACUUUAAACUUAUUUAAACAAAUCAAACCAGAAGAUUGUGAGUUGUUAGGUAUUGAUUCAACUUCAAAAUCUGGUAGACCUGAAACUUAUAUUUGGAGAUAUUUACCUGCCCCUCCGGUAUGUAUUAGACCAUCCGUUAUGAUGCAAGAUUCACCAGCAUCAAAUGAAGAUGAUUUAACUGUGAAACUUACUGAAGUUGUAUGGACAUCCUCUUUAAUUAAAGCUGGUUUAGAGAAAGGUAUCUCUAUCAAUAAUAUGAUGGAACAUUGGGAUUAUUUACAAUUAUCUGUGGCUAUGUAUAUAAACUCUGAUUCUGUUAAUCCACUAUUAAUGCCUGGUGCUUCCACUGGUAAUAAAGUUAAACCUAUCAGAGGGUUCUGCCAACGUUUAAAAGGUAAACAAGGUAGAUUUAGAGGUAAUUUAUCAGGUAAGCGUGUUGAUUUCUCUGGUAGAACUGUUAUUUCCCCAGAUCCAAAUUUAUCAAUCGAUGAAGUUGCUGUUCCAGAUCGUGUUGCUAAAGUUUUAACUUUCCCUGAAAGAGUUACACGUUAUAAUAAAAGAAAACUACAAGCAUUGGUCCUCAAUGGUCCAAACGUUCAUCCAGGUGCUAACUAUUUAUUAAAAAAAGAUGAAGAAGCUAGAAGAAAUUUACGUUAUGGUGACAAAGUCAAACUUGCUAAAAAUUUACAAAUUGGUGAUGUAGUUGAAAGACAUUUGGAAGAUGGUGACGUCGUGUUAUUCAACCGUCAACCUUCGCUUCAUAGAUUAUCUAUUUUGUCACAUUAUGCAAAAAUUCGUCCAUGGAGAACAUUUAGAUUGAAUGAAUGUGUGUGUACUCCUUACAAUGCAGAUUUUGACGGUGAUGAAAUGAAUUUACAUGUUCCUCAGACUGAAGAAGCUCGUGCUGAGGCGAUUAAUUUAAUGGGGGUUAAAAAUAAUCUAUUAACUCCAAAAUCUGGUGAACCGAUUAUUGCAGCUACCCAAGAUUUCAUUACUGGGUCCUAUUUGAUAUCACACAAAGAUUCCUUCUUUGAUAGAGCAACCUUCACUCAGCUACUAUCAAUGAUGUGCGAUGGUAAUUUACAAUUUGAUAUCCCUCCACCUGCCAUUAUGAAACCAUGUUAUUUAUGGACAGGUAAACAACUAUUCUCUUUAUUAAUCAAACCAAAUAGCAAUUCACCUGUUGUUAUCAAUGUGGAUGCCAAAAACAAAGUUUUCAAGCCUCCAAAAGAUAAAUCUUUGCCAAGUGAAAUGUCUCCUAACGAUGGGUUUGUUGUUAUUAGAGGUUCUCAAAUCUUAUCAGGUGUUAUGGAUAAAUCUGUCUUAGGUGAUGGUAAGAAGCAUUCUGUAUUUUAUACCAUUUUAAGAGAUUACGGUCCACAAGAGGCUGCUACUGCAAUGAAUAGAAUGGCUAAAUUAUGUGCAAGAUUUUUAGGUAAUAGAGGUUUCUCCAUUGGUAUUAAUGAUGUUACUCCAGAUGAUAAAUUAAAAAACUUAAAAGAAAAUCUGGUUGAAAUUGCGUAUGCUAAAUGUGAUGAGUUAAUUGGUUUAUAUAAUCAAGGUAAAUUAGAAACUCAACCAGGUUGUAAUGAAGAACAAACUUUGGAAGCAAAAAUCAGUGGUAUUUUAUCUAAGGUUAGAGAAGAAGUCGGUGAUAUUUGUAUUAAUGAAUUGGAUAAUUGGAAUGCACCACUGAUUAUGGCCACGUGUGGUUCAAAGGGUUCUAAUUUAAAUGUCUCCCAAAUGGUGGCUGUUGUCGGUCAGCAAAUUAUUUCUGGUAAUCGUGUGCCUGAUGGGUUUCAAGAUCGUUCUUUACCUCAUUUCCAAAAGAAUUCGAAAACACCACAAUCUAAGGGUUUCGUAAGAAAUUCCUUUUACUCCGGUUUAUCACCACCAGAGUUCUUAUUCCAUGCUAUUUCUGGUAGAGAAGGUUUGGUCGAUACUGCCGUUAAAACAGCCGAAACUGGUUAUAUGUCUCGUAGAUUAAUGAAAUCUUUAGAGGAUUUAUCUUGCCAAUAUGAUAAUACUGUCAGAACAUCCUCAAAUGGUAUUGUUCAAUUCACCUAUGGUGGUGAUGGUUUAGAUCCAUUUGAUAUGGAGGGUAAUGCCCAACCGGUUAACUUUAAUAGAUCAUGGGAUCAUGCUUAUAAUAUAAAAUUUGACAAUAAUGAUAAGACUAUUUAUCCUUAUCAAAUUUUGGAGAUAACUAACGAUAUAUUACACCCUCUAGAAGAAAAACUAAUACGAUAUGAUAAUAUAGGUAAAGUUGUGACUCCGGAAAAUUCUGGUAAGGAUGAAUUUGUUGAUCAAUUGGAUGCAGAAAGAAAUUUCUACAAUUCUUUGAGAGAUUAUAUGACUAAGAAGGCCAAUGAGCUAGCAGACGUGAGAAAAUCUAGAGGUAUGAAAGAGCUUUUAUCUGCCCCAGGGGACGAAUUUAAACUAAUGGAUUUAGAUGAACAAACACCGGACUCAAUAAGACAUUCUGUUGAACAAAUUUGUCGAAUCACAGAAAACACUGUCCGUGAAUUUUUGAAAAUCGCAAUUACGAAGUAUCGUAGAGCAAGAGUUGAACCUGGGACUGCUGUUGGUGCUAUUGGUGCACAAUCUAUUGGUGAACCAGGUACACAAAUGACCUUGAAAACUUUCCAUUUUGCUGGUGUCGCUUCUAUGAAUGUUACAUUAGGUGUUCCUCGUAUUAAGGAAAUUAUUAAUGCUUCUAAGGUCAUUUCUACUCCAAUUAUUAAUGCUGUAUUAGUCAAUGAAAACGAUGAAAGAGCAGCCAGAGUGGUUAAAGGCCGUAUUGAAAAAACGUUAUUAUCCGAUGUUGCAUAUUAUAUUCAAGAUUGUUAUAAAGAUAACAAUUCUUAUUUGGAAGUAAAAAUUGAUUUAGGUACAAUCGAGAAACUUCAGUUGGAAUUAACUAUGUCAGAUAUCGCUGAUGCAAUUGCUAGAGCUCCCAAACUAAAAAUUCAAUUUGGUGAUGUCGUUCCCGAAAGUAAUUCUAAAAUUCGUAUUAGUGUCCGCCCAGAAGCUAGUGUAUCUAAAAUAUCAGCUAGUGCUAAAGAACCUCUUGAAAAUAAUGUUUUCUAUAGAAUGCAACAUUUACGCCGUGCUCUACCAAGUAUUGUAGUGAAAGGUUUACCAGAUAUUGCUAGAGCCGUUAUUAAUAUCCGUGAUAAUGGUAAAAGAGAAUUAUUGGUUGAAGGAUAUGGUUUAAGAGAUGUUAUGUGUACUGAUGGUGUUAUUGGUUCGAAAACAACAACCAAUCAUGUAUUAGAAGUUAACAGUGUCCUUGGUAUCGAAGCUGCCAGAGCAAGUAUUAUAGGAGAAAUUGAUUACACUAUGAGUAAUCACGGUAUGAGUGUGGAUCCACGUCAUAUUCAAUUACUAGGUGAUGUCAUGACAUACAAAGGUGAAGUUUUGGGUAUUACAAGAUUUGGUUUAAGUAAAAUGAGAGAUUCGGUUUUACAAUUGGCCUCUUUUGAAAAAACUACUGAUCAUUUAUUUGAUGCUGCUUUCUAUAUGAAAAAAGAUGCAGUUGAAGGUGUAUCUGAAUGUAUUAUUUUGGGUCAAACCAUGUCUAUUGGUACUGGUUCAUUUAAGGUUGUAAAGGAUACACAUAUCCGUAAUGGUACUUUGAAACCAAAGAGAACAUUGUUUGAGAGUUUGUGUAAAGAAACAAAUAUUAAGAUUAAUUGA